AGAGGCCUAUAUAAAGUGUAAGCGAGCCCGCUCACAUUUUCACUCUCGCUACAACACAACCUAGUUAACAUAAUCUGUCUUUAAAGCACCUACUACUCUGUCCAAUCUAUAAUGCAAUUCAAGACGCUCAUCACUGCUGCUGGUCUGGCACUCAGCAUGACUGUCGGCGUUCUAGGCCGUGCCAACGUCGUCGGCUACUAUCCCAAUUGGGUUACUAUGCCUUCUUUGACUCUAUCCAAGUACACCCACAUCAACUUUGCCUUCGCGAUUCCUAAGGCUGAUGGUUCCCUGAAGUACGACAACCAGUCUGAUAUGCCAGGCCUUGUCACCAAUUUCCACAACGCUGGUGUUAAGGCUCUCAUCUCGAUUGGUGGCUGGACUGGAUCCAACCUCUUCUCGACGAUCCUCAAGAACACUACUACUCGUACUGCGUUCCUGACCAAUAUCAUCAACUAUGUGAAAAAGUACAACCUCGAUGGUGUUGACAUCGACUGGGAGUACCCUGGCCGCGAGGGUGAUACCUGCAACGUAUACGAUCCGAACAAUGACACCAACAACUUCCUCUCCUUCCUGCAAGACCUGCGUGCCAAGCUGGACUCGACCUUUGGAACGCGUGCCAAGCUCAUCACCAUGGCUGUCCGUGUCGAGCCUUUCGAUGGUCCAAAUGGUCCUAUCUCUGAUGUCUCUGCGUUUGCCAAGGUCACCGACUAUAUCAACCUGAUGCAGUACGACAUCAAUGGAAACUGGGAUUCGACCACAGGCCCGAACGCUCCUCUGCAGUAUGCCCCAGGCAAGGGUGAGCAGUUUUCAUUCGCCACUGCUAUCGCUGCCUGGACUAGUGCUGGAUGGCCAGCUUCUCAGAUGAACGCCGGCAUGCCUUUCUACGGCCACAGUACGACAGCUUUGUCAAACAUGCUGAACAACCCGUCCAACAUGUAUGUGCAGAUUUCGACGACUGUCCCCAAGGGCGACCAGGAGGAUGAGCCGUGGGCCGAUACCUGCGCCGGUGGACCUGCUGUCUACUCAGGUGACUGGCAGUACAAGCAUCUUCGCGACCAGGGUCUACUCUCUAACCCGACCACUGCAGUGGCUCCUUGGGUUCGCACCUGGGACAACACCACGUCCACGCCUUGGCUGUUCAACCCAAGCACCAGCAUCUUCAUUUCGUAUGAUGAUCCGCAGAGUCUCAAGGCAAAGGUCGACUACGCUGCUGCCAAGGGUCUAGCUGGCACCAUGCUGUGGAGCAUGGAGAUGGACUAUAACAACGAGCUGCUGGAUGUGCUGAACAGCUUCCCUAGCGGCGGAUCUACCACCACAGCGACUACCCCAGGAACCAGCUCCACGGCAACCCAGCCUGGAACUACCUCGGCUACCAAGAGUGCUACCACUGGUGUUCCUCCUGUGACCUCGUCUACCUCGUCUGCUCCGGCUACCAGCUCCUCAACCAAUACCGGUGGACCGGUUGCUGGUGGACCUUGCAGCACUGGUGGUGCGUACCAGUGUGCCGACACCACCGGCAAGAACCCGGCUUACUUUAUCUGCAACAGCGGUGCCUGGCUGGCACAGUCCUGCGGUUCAGGAACUGCAUGCUUCCAGUCUGGGUCUUCGAUCUAUUGCAACUGGCCCUCGGCUUAAACUAUUGACAAGCUUUCUUAGUUGACGAAUUUGUGAUACUGGUCAUUGCAGACCGAAUAUACCACUCUUGUCAUUGCACAUUAUCUCCUAUUCUUGGGUGUACAGCGUGGUGCAGUAGGUGAAAAUAGAAGGCUGGAUGCAUUCAGUUGUGUUAAGCACCGACCGCUGAAGGCACCAAUAUCCAGACCUGACCAGGCCACCAUCCAGGCAGAAUACAAUCCCUCCUUUUCAUGAUUUUCGUAGAACCUUUUCUCGAAGCUGCCAUGCGUACAGACCUGAUCUCCAUGCUCAUCCACUUUGCCACUGCGGAAUUGGCAUUCCUUGCGAAUAUUAGCGGACAGCACAGAUGCAGCAAGGUAUGAAAAUCAAUGGAAA